CUCUCUUAUAUGUGACACCCAUGUCUUGACUUAAAAAAGUUGAAAGAAAACUGUGUAUAUAAAGUUGGGCAGAAGGCCACUUCCCUCCCAAACCCAAAUGGCAAACGUCUUGGAGAGAGAGAAUGGGAAUGGGAAUGGGAAUGGGAAGGAAGAUGAUUACACUAAAGACGGGUCAGUGGAUCUGAAGGGAGGCCCUGUUCUCCGCUCCAAAAGAGGAAGAUGGCCCGCCUGCUCUUUCAUCGUUGGGUAUGAGGUAUUUGAGAGGAUGGCUUAUUAUGGAAUAUCAUCAAAUCUGGUGUUGUAUUUGACAAAUAAGCUACAUGAGGGAACGGUGGCAUCUUCAAGGAACGUAACAAAUUGGGUGGGGACUGUUUGGAUGACUCCCAUCAUUGGUGCCUACAUUGCUGACGCCCACUUGGGCCGUUACUGGACUUUCCUCAACUCUUCUGCCAUUUACCUCUCAGGAAUGUGUCUGCUCACACUAGUGGUUUCCCUCCCCGCGCUCCGCCCACCAGCCUGCAACAGCAACAUUCAUGAUUGCACUGCAGGCUCUGCGCCCCAUGCCUCUACAUUCCAAAUUGGGAUCUUCUACUUCGCUCUAUACGUCCUUGCUAUUGGCACAGGGGGAACCAAGCCUAACAUCUCCACCAUGGGAGCUGACCAAUUUGAUGAAUCCGACCCUAAGGAGAGGAAGCAAAAGCUCUCCUUCUUCAACUGGUGGAUGUUUAGUAUCUUCUUCGGGACCUUGUUUGCCAAUACCUUCCUUGUAUAUAUCCAGGAUAAUGUUGGAUGGACUCUGGGCUAUGCUUUACCAACAGCAGGACUCUUCGUAUCUGUCUGUGUAUUUAUUGCCGGGACGAUGUUUUAUAGGCAUAAGCUGCCUUCUGGGAGCCCAUUUACCCGAAUGCUUAGUGUUUUGGUGGCAGCUUCUCGAAAAUGGAAUGUUAUGGCCCCUGAUGACAGCAAGGAGCUUCAUGAGUUGGAUGCUGCAUACUAUGCUGCGAAGGGCUCGUGCAGGAUCGAUCUGACGCCUGAGCUAAGGUUUCUUGACAAAGCUGCAGUAAAGAGUGGCCCUGAAACUCCUUGGAUGCUUUGCACUGUGACCCAAGUCGAAGAGACAAAGCAGAUGAUAAAAAUGAUCCCAAUUCUGAUAGCCACAUUUGUGCCUAGUACCAUGAUAGCUCAAGUGAAUACCCUCUUUGUGAAACAAGGAACCACCCUAAAUACAAGCAUGGGUCCUCAUUUCAAGAUCCCACCUGCAAGCCUGACAGCUUUUGUUACCAUUUCUAUGCUGGUUAGUGUAGUGAUUUACGACCGAGUCUUUGUCCCGAUGAUGAGGAGAUACACAAAGGAUCCGAGAGGGGUAUCGCUGCUACGGCGUAUGGGAAUUGGCCUUGCUCUACACAUUAUUAUAAUGACAGUCGCGUCCUUGAUCGAAAGAAAGAGACUGAGCGUAGCUAGAGAACACGAUCUAGUAGAACAUGCAGGGACGAUCCCUCUCACCAUUUUCAUAUUACUCCCACAAUUUGUUCUCAUGGGAAUGGCAGAUGCCUUUCUGGAAGUUGCAAAGAUAGAAUUCUUCUAUGAUCAAGCACCAGAGAGCAUGAAAAGUCUUGGAACUUCAUAUUCAACAAGUAGUUUAGGUAUUGGGAACUUCCUCAGUAGUUUCCUUCUCACAACUGUGCAUAAUGUCACAGGAAAGCAUGGCAAAAAGAGUUGGAUUCUCAAUAAUUUGAAUGACUCUCAUUUAGACUAUUACUAUGCAUUUUUUGCGAUCUUAAACUUAGUGAAUUUCUUCUUCUUCUUAGUAGUGGCCAGAUUUUAUAUCUAUAGAGCAGAAGGAUUUGGCAUACAGAAUAUUCAAGCGAAGGCAAUAAGGACAUCAGCCGUAGGGGAUGGCGUUCCUGUUAAAGAUUUGAGAUCAGGAUAGUUUCUGAUAUUUGUAUUUACAUGAUCUUUGUACUCUAAAGAAUGUAAUUCAUGCAGGUCUAAAAUUCGAGUGUUGAUAACAAAGAUUUUUGCUUGUUUUUGAGAAGGAA